AUGGUACCUGUGGGCGAGAUAAUGGGCAGCUUUCCUGUCAUUAGAGCAGGGAAGAGAUCAACCUGCGAGGCAUUUGAAUCCCUGGAAGGACUGCAGGCCUUCGGAUGCUUGGAAGAGCUCAUUCUUGACAACAAUCUUCUUGAAAGUGACCUUCGCUUGCCCAGCUUGCCACAUCUUCACACUCUGAUGCUGAACAAGAACCAAAUAACAGAGCUGGAAGGCUUGUUGGACCACUUGGCCGAAGUAGCACCUUCCCUGGAGUUCCUUAGUUUGCUGGGAAAUUCAGCCUGUCCAAAUGAGCUGGUCUGCAAAGACAAGGAUGAAGGAGACUACCAGAGAUACAGGCAUUUUGUCCUGCAUAAAUUAACCAGCCUGAAGUUUCUGGAUUCUCGAAAAGUCAGCCGCAAGGAACGCGAAGAGGCCAUUUUGAGGGGAGCCUUCAUGAAAGUGGUGAAGCCCCUGGGUAAUCAGGUGUUCUGGGGAAAUGCCGCUAUGUCUACUAUGGGAAGCAUUCAGAAGGCAACCGAUUCAUUCGUGAUGACCAACUUUGAGACCAAGAGGUCUGCAAUGCUCUAGUUGUUGGCAUGUGCUACCCACACAUCUUCCAUCUGCAGCUCAACCCAUGUAGAGGUACACACAUCAUACCCGCACACAGUCACCCAUGGCAUUCGAUUGGUCGAAGGGAAAGAAAGAGAAAGUGUAAAUCAGUCCUCCACUAUCUCAGGCUGACUUUGCCAGGCCUGUCAUAAAGCAUCCUUCUGCUUGAGCCUGAGUAGACACAUAGAUGUUGACAGGAUUGCCUCUAAGCAGGUUCCAUCUUACCCCGGUGACAGACGGCUGCGGCAAAGCACCAGACCUGACAGCAGGGACACCAUGAUGGAUUGCCUGACCCAAAUGUUGCUUACAAAAGAGCAAAAGGUCACACCUGGGCCUUGCUGAGCAUGCUCCGAUGGUCUGAAGAGAAGCAUCUCCUUCUGGCUUGCAGCUUGUUGAGUGUGAAAUCUACAUGUCUGUCCAAAGAGUAAUAGUGCAAUAGGAGCAAUUAAAGGGCAUCACUUUCUUAUCCAACUUUAUUUUCCACAACAAUUAAAUAUUUCAGGCGGGUUGUGUGCUGCUUGUAGAGAAAAAUAAACAUGG